AUGAUAAACGAAGAAACGUGCUAUGAAAUUUUUAUACCGCUCCAACGUUACAGUAAUACCAAGCUUGAAAACGAUUAUUUUUUUGAAGUACCUUUAGAAGAAAAAACUGACAUUGAACUAAGUCAUGGAAUCGAAAUGUCUAAUAAUUGUGAAAAUAAUAAAAUUCAACCUUUAAAGGUUACGAACAAUGCAAUAUUAGAUAAAGAAAGUGUUUUUGCUGACAAUUUCGGAAGCUUUUUUUACAAAUUUGCCGGACCAGAUGAAGCAAUAGAUUCAUUUAAGUUGCAAAAUUUAUUGUCUAUAAUAUUUAAACAGAAAGGCAUUCAAUUUAACCUGGAAACUAGUCGAUGUAUUCUUGCAUCGGCAGAUUCUAACAGAGAUGGAAAACUUAGUUAUUACGAGUUUAAAAGGCUUUGGUUUAACCUCAUGAAAUGGAAAAAAUGCUUCAAGGAAUUUGAUUUAAACAAAGACAAAAUGAUUAAUAAAUCUGAGUUGAAACUUUGUUUUGAAUCGCUCGGAUUUAUUGUUGAAAAUGGAACAAUAGAUCUGAUUGUAGCGCGAUAUGCAGAUAAGCAAGAUCAAAUUAGAUUGGACGACUUUAUACAAAUUUUGUGCAAACUUACUUCAGUUAAUCGAUGGAUAAAACACUUCAAUAGAAAAGGCAAUUUAGAUGCAUUUAUGAAAGAAGUCUUGUAUUUUUGA